AUGGGGACAUCCUUCAACGACUCGCAGCCCCUGGGAAUCAGCCAAGACGAGACAUAUCAAAUCCCGAUCAACGGAGUCCAUGAGCAGGAACCCCAUCCGUCGAGCCACACAAGGGCCAAGACACGCUGCUACACUGACGGCCGUACCGAGAGGGCAUUUCCCCGGCUGUCCAAGCCCGUCGAGCUCCUCCGAAGCUCCUACGAUGUCGUCGUGAUAGGGUCCGGCUACGGCGGCGGAGUGGCCGCCUCUCGUAUGGCGAGGACCGGCCAAUCCGUGUGUCUAUUAGAGCGAGGGCGCGAGAAGUGGCCUGGCGAGUACCCCACAGGCUCCCUGGAAGCAGCCAAGGAGCUGCAUUGCUCGGGCACGCUCGCCCCUGGCGUGUUGCCCGGCAAGGGUGUCGAGAGCGGUGACCCUACCGGCAUGUAUCAUAUGAUAUUCGGACGGGGACAGAGCGCUAUUGUUUGCAACGGUCUUGGUGGAACAAGCCUCAUGAACGCCAAUGUGUUCAUGGAGGCAGAUAAGGAGACCCUGGCCAUGAAAGUGUGGCCCCCUGAGAUCCGGAAUAAUGUGGAUGGUCUAGACAAGUACUACCAGAAAGCAGCAGAAGUACUUGAGCCUGUCGAGUAUCCGGCCGAGUGGCCGGAAUUGCCCAAAGCGAAGGUGCUUCAGGAGCAGGCAGAGCUCAUGGGCUUAGGGCACAAGUUCAAAAGGGUGCGCCAGACGACUCGCUUCCGCAACGGACCGAACAGCUGCGGCGUCGAGAUGUCGCGAUCGACCCUGACUGGCCAAGACGCGACCGGUAUCAAUGAUGGGUCUAAGAACACCACGCUCGUCACCUACAUCGCCGAUGCCUGGAACUGGGGGGCCGAGCUAUUCUGCGAGUGCGAAGUGCGCUACAUUGAGCAGGACAAGAAGGCCGGAGGCUACCGCGUCUACUUUGCAUGGCACGGCAGAAAUAGGGGUUUGUUCAAGGCUAAUCUCCAUGGAGACCUCAUGUGGGUGCACGCCAAGGAGGCCGUGUUCCUCGGCGCGGGCUCCAUCGCCUCGACCGAGAUUCUACUACGGAGCAAGGCUAUGGGCCUCAAGCUGAGCGACAUGGUUGGCCAAAACAUGAGCGGAAACGGAGACAUGCUUGCCUUUGGCUACAAUACCGAAAAGACCGUGAACGGGAUGGGACGACCGUUCCCCUCGCCCUAUAACCCCAUCGGCCCGACAAUCACCAGCGUGAUUGACUGCAGGGACGGCCAUGAAAACCCACUGGACGGAUUUGUGAUCGAAGAAGGUGCUGUUCCGCACGCCCUGUCGCAUCUAUUCCAGGCAAUGCUGGAUCUCAUGGGCGGAACGAAAUCUCCUGCCAACGAAACCAUCUUCGAGCGGGCCCAGGCAGCCCUGGCACGGUAUGGAAGUAGAUUCCUCGGGCCCUACUUCAAGAACGGCGCGGUCGAGAGAACGCAGGUGUACCUGAUCAUGUCCCAUGAUACUAACCAGGCUGUGUUGACGCUGCAGGACGACAAGCCUAUGCUCGAGUUCCUUGGCGUUGCUCGCAGCCACCACGUCAAAAAGCUCCACGAUUUUCUCAAGAAGGCUACCGAGCUGGUGGGCGGCACCCUCGUAUACAGCCCCUUCUACAAAUGCCUGGGACAACAAAUUACGGUGCACCCUAUUGGCGGAGCGUGCAUGGCCCGAGACAACACCGGUAGAACAGGUGUGACCAACCACGUGGGCCAAGUGUUUACCGGCGACGGCAGUGAGACCUAUGACGGGUUGAUCGUUACCGAUGCCUCGGUGAUACCAACGUCAUUGGGUGCCAAUCCAUUUGCCACCAUCACCGCCCUCGCUGAGCGUUCAGUCGAGGCAUACGCCCAGUCCAAGGGUCUCACCAUCAGCCAGGAGAAGAAUGGCAUCCUCGACCUGCUCGGCGAACCGCAGCAUGCUCCUAGGCGAUGCAGGCCGGAGCAGAAGCGUGAACACCGUGCGACGGUUGAGGAGCAGGAAAGUAUCAAGGAGGCGAACAAGGUUAUCCGGACGGCCCGGGACCUCAGCGCGAGCGGCAUCGGGUUCACCGAGGUCAUGUCUGGCUUCAUCCACUACAACAAGAGCCUCGUUGAGGACAAGCGGGAAACGUAUGAACUCGCCCACCGGAUUGCCAAAUCGCGGUGCGAGAGUGCUCGCUUCUUCCUGAGCGUGCAAGCAUUCAACACGAAGGAAAUGGUCAGGCACUCACAGCACAGGGGCAUGUUGACCGGUACCUUUGUGUGUCCGGCCAUCCCUGGAUCACCGUUCAUGGUGCAGCGGGGAGAGUUUAAUCUCUUCAUUGUCAACAGCAAGGCGCCGGGUACGCGAAACCUGACCUACGACUUCGACAUGAUUGGCGUCGACGGCAGGAAGCUCCACUUCCACGGCUACAAGGUGGUCGACUCGUCGGUGGCUCUGUCUCCUUUCCAGUUCUGGAGGGCUACCAGCACUCUCUAUGUGACUGUCAGCAAGCACGUGCCGGGCAUGUGUGCCGAUCGAGACGACGAAGAUGCCUGGCGCAAGGGCGCCGUCCUCGCCAAAGGCAUCAUGCAGAUCCAGCCCGCCGAUUUCCUUUCGCAGAUCAACACCAUGACGUCGACUGGCACCAGUCUCGUGAAGAAGGCUGUUAGCGCAGCCAGCUUCCUGACCUACUUCACCCGCAAGUCACUGUCGCUGUUCCUGGCGCCUCUCACCCCACUGCAAUACCCGACUCCGACGUUCAGCGGAUUCAUCAACCACACGCCGCCGACCAAGUCCGUCACGGUGGUGGCCGCCGACGGUGUUAGCUCGCGUUUGCACAUUUGGGAGCCAACACACGUUCCCGGCGGCGAUCCAAAGAACAUCCGGGAUCUGUUCAUGAUCCCAGGCGCAUCGGUGGACCACCAGAUCUUUGCCCUGCCUACCAUCCCCUACAACGCGGUCAACUACUUCACCCGCGCCGGCUACCGCGUCUUCGUUUCUGUCCACCGCAUCGGCCAGAUCAUGGUCGCGGGCAACAUGUGGACGACGUACGACGCGCGCCUCGACCUGAAGGCUUGCCUUGAGUACAUCCGCCGGACGCGCGGCCCGCACAAGAUCUACACCAUCGCGCACUGCAUGGGCAGUGUGGCCUUUGCCAGCGGGCUGCUGGACGGUACCAUCCCUUCCGACUGGAUCCUUGGCAUCACCUGCAGUCAGGUGUUCAUGAACCCGGUUUGGGGGCCGACCAACAUGGCCAAGAUCCUGGCGGGGAAGCCCCUGGUCCCCUUUGACAAGCUCUACAAUCUCGCCGCGGGCAGCUGGUUCAGCUGCAGCACAUGCCCCCGCGACACGCUCGUCCAGAAGGCGCUGAACCAGCUCCUACGCGCUUACCCGCAGCCGCGCAGAGAAAUGUGCAACAACGCGGCGUGCCACCGGACGUCUCUCGUCUUCGGCCGGUGCUGGAACCACGGCAACCUGAACGAAGCAACGCACCGGCAAAUCGACCGCUUUUUCGGCGGCGUCAACAUGCGCAUGCUCGACCUGCUCAUGCGCAUGGGCUUCGAGGGCCACGCCAUGUCCAACGGGCCUCUGUACGAGCCGCUCGACACGCCCGAGAACGUCGCCCGUCUGCGCGGGAUCCCAUUCCUGCUCUUUGUCGGCCGCGACAACGCCGUGCUCUCGCCCGAAGCCACCGAGCGCACCUAUGAGACGCUCUGCAGCGCCUUUGAGGACGGCGAGUACCGCCGCAGGGUCGUCCCCGGCUACGGCCACCUCGACUGCUGGAUGGGUAGGAAUGCGUGGAAGGACGUGUACCCCUUUGUGAGGGAGGAGGUGGACCGCGUGACGCGGGGCGAGGCGUACCGGUUUGAGGAGCCCGAUGAUGAGUUCAAGAGGAGAGUCCAUGGAGGGGAGUUUUUGUAUUGA